UCUCAGCAACAAGGAGCAUAGAAUUUUAAAGAAACUCUUUUAAAUUCACAGAGAGAAAUCUUAUCAAGAGCUUUGAAGAGAACAAAAAGAGGUUUAGAAAUGUUUAGGCCUUUCCUCCAGAAAAUACGCAAGGGGUUCCAUGUCUCACUUUCCAGAGGACAAGCUGUCAUUAAUGAUGUUGAGGUCGAUGAAGAAAUAAACGUAGCUACACCAAUGUCAGAUGAUGUUGAGGCAGGAUAUUUUACGGUCUUUGCAGUUCAAGGAAAGGAAACGCAGAGGUUUGUCAUUGAACUAGACAACUUAACAAACCCUGCAUUCCUGAGUCUACUGGAGCAGGCUGGGGAAGAAUAUGGAUUCCAUCAAAAGGGGGUUCUUUCUCUCCCUUGUCGUCCGCAGGAACUGCAAAAGAUCCUACAAGACUGGGAAGCUGAGCAUGCUGAUACUGAAGGUUGGGCUACCUGUAAUGCUACAACAACAGAAGGCUACUAGCUUGGACAAACAACUGAAUUAAUUAAUUUGUUCCUUCUGUAGUCCAAGUAAAUAGAUCUUUGCUUGGAUUAGAUAGAUACGUAAUUUUUAAGCACUGUUUCUGUAAUGAUAAUUUAGUGGAGUUAGUAUUCAAGAAAAGGAUAUGGAAAUUAUUCAACGCAUUUCAA